AUGAGUUCUCCAAAAGAUACAUUACUUCAUUGCUAUCAUCUACUUGAAACAGGUGGAGAAGGAGUUAAUGAAGUUACUCCUAUAAUUCUCGAAAUUUAUUCCAAUCCAGAAAAUAUUAGUAUUUUAUUUGAAUUAAAUCUACAAAGUGAAAGCAAAUACGUACAAAAAAUAUCUGUCAUUGGCAUCAAAAACAUAAUUAAAGAACUUUUUAACGCAAAUAAAGAAAUUCCUGCUGAUUUGUUAAAUUAUCUUAAAUCAAUCGCUAUACAAGGACUUCAAAGUGAAGUCUCUGAAGAGUCUAAGAAAUGGUAUAUCUUUAUUUCAACAAUGUUGCUUUCAAAACUCAUUCCUUCACCAGGAUUUCCUGAAUUAAUCGAAGUUGCCUCUAAUUUCAUACAAGAUCCUCUUCAAAUUCAAACAGGUCUACUUUUAUGGUCAAAUAUCAACAAAGAACUCAGUGCUGAUCAAAUGUCAGAAUUUGUACCGGGAUUAAUGCAAGCAAUUACAGUUUCUCUACGUGUUGAUGAUAGACCUAACGUAAGAAUUCUUGGCUUAGGCUUAUUCCUCAGUUUACUCGAGCGUCAAUGCGAUAUUGAGAUUUUCAAGACAAAUCAAGAAUUCCAUGCAGCUCUUCAAGCUGAAUACGAACGUGCCAUCAUUGGUGGUGCUUCAGAAGAUGAAAGAUCGCAAACUACGGAAACAAUUGCUUAUAUGAUCAGAUCUGAAGAAGGAUUUGAAGUUUUAGAGCCAUCAUUCAAACAAAUAUACCAUAUUACAUUCCAGACAUUCUUUGAUGACCAAUUUUCCUGGAAAAUCCGCUUAGAUUGUCUUUGUGUCUUAAAUGCCGUCAUUGACCACAAUCCGAAGCUUGCAGAAUCCUUCCUUGAAGAUCUUAUCCCCACUGCCAUCAAUCUUACUGUCGAACAAUGCAAUCAGGAAGGAAGAGAAAAUUUCCAACCUCAUUUCACUGAUGUCUUAUUUACAAUCCUUGCAUCAGAGGAAGACAUUGCUCCAGACCUUAUCGCCGAGAUCCUGGCCAACGCGCAAGAAACUUUGGAGUCAAAUUCUCCUGAUAUCGUAUUAGUUCAAGUUUUAGUCCAAAUCUUCGCCUAUUUAUCAGACGGUGCCAGAUCUCUUUUGGCAGAGUUCGCUCCGGACAUUUUGAACGAUGUUUUCUUCAAAUGUCUUGAAAUUGAAGAUGAAAGUAUAAUUUCAGCAACAUGCGUUACAAUGUCAGACAUUUCGGAGACAUCACCAUCAUUCUUCAACGGAUUUAUCGAUCAAAUCACAACUUAUUUGAUAAAUCUCCACGAAAACGAAGAAUCUCUUAAAACAUUGCAAGCAAUCCUUCAAAACAGCGACGAAUCGCCAAGUGAUGUUCCACAAGUUGUCUACGCAUUGAUACAACUCAUCCAAACCAUGUUUGAACAAGGACAAGAUUUAUCAUAUUAUAUCUCUGUCAUUUCCCAGCUGAUUUCGAAAUACAAUGGUGACCAAGGCAAUCUAUACAAUGAUAUAAGGGAUAUUAUCAUUGCUAUCAUCAAAAACGGCGAUUGUUUCGGUCCAUGUUUUGAAUUAUUCUCUUAUUUAUGUAAAAUGAAUCCAAACUUGGCUUCAAAUGACAUCCAAGACUUUCUUCAGACAAUGGUUGAUUGCGUUACCCCUGAUAGCAUCGAUUUGGCCCAAUCAGUAUCGAUUGCUUUGAGAAACAUCGCAAUAACUAUGCCAGAAACUUUGGAAAAUUUCAUUCCUCAGUUAUCUGAAUCAUUAAUUCCAUUCAUCGCUUCGGAUAUAACAGGAAACACUUUAUUAACUGAUGAUGAGAAGGCCCGGGAGAAUGAAUCCAAGUCUUCACAAGUACAAGGCUGUAUCUUGGUUUGUUUGGCCGCAUUCAUUACAGCAUCACCGAUUAAAAUCCCCUCAAAUAUUGUUGAAGAAAUAAUCAACAUGAUAUGUAAUUGGGUGACUGAUGAAGAUGAACAGAAACAAUCCUUUGCAUGCGAUGCAAUCAAUGACAUUGCUCCUGGUCUUUCUGUUCUUCAAAUUAACCCUGAACAGAUAAUUUCCAGUUUAUACGCGUCAAUUGAUAAUUCCACUGAUAUUGACAUUUGUUCGAGUCUUCUUUCAUCAUUAGCUGUUGUUAUAGCUAAUUGCGGACAAUACGUAAAUGAUGAAAGAGUCUCACAAUUGUUCAAUUUCAUUUUAGACGUGAUUUCAUCUAAAAACAAAAACUUUUUGGAUGAAAAAGAUGUAAUUGACAAAGAAAUCGCUUCUCCUUUCUUCUAUUUCUUCAAAUGCUUUGUUAUUGGAGGUCUCGCACAAAGAUGCAAUGCAGAGAUAAUGUCUUUGGUACAGCCUCUUCUUGAUAUCGUUGAAAAUCAAUACGACAUCAACAAAAUUUUGUCAAUUUUGGCUAUCGCGAGAUUGUCUUUUGUUUUUGUUGAUAAUUUCAAUGAUAUAAUACCAGAUGUCAUCAGAAGAUUGAAGUAUAUAAUGGAGAAUGCAAGGACAUUGACAGCAGACAUGAAAGGAAACUGUUACGCGAUUGUUGCUAUAUUUAGUUCAUUGAAUGUCAAUUUCUUCGGUGAAGAAGAGUUGUCUUUCUUCGUGAAUAUGAUGAAUAAUGAUGUAAAUAGUACACAAACAAUGAUAUCGUCUAAUGCUUGUUUGGCAAUGGUUUGUAUCGCUGCAAAUGGAAUAGAAAUUGAUCAAAAUGUUCUUAAAGUUUGUUUGAGUAAAAUGCCGCCGCCAUGUGAUGAAGAAGACGUGAUUUUCUUCGCAAAGGCUGCAACAAACUUACAGAAUAUUGAUAAUUCAUUGCUCCAGAAGUCGUCUGUUUCUGUCUUCGGUUCUUCUCCAUUUAUUAUUAAUUUAAUUAGUCCUGAAAUUCUUUCUAAUCUUCUUGAAAUUGCCAAAACACUCAGUAACGAGUAUGUUGUUCAGUUGUUGGGUGGUGAUGAGGCUUCUAUAUCAAGAUUUAGAAAGAAUGUUCAGCAACAAUAG